AUGUCUCUUUUGCGCACUCUGAGGCCCGUUCUGGGCUCGGCCCGGCCUGUCACACCAGUUUUGGCCCGGUCCUACUCGGCCCAUCACUCUCCUCAGACAUCAGAUCAAACUCGAAAAAAGGUCACUAUUCCCGAGUUGGCCAAGAUGCGACGAAACAAGGAGAAGAUCAGCAUGGUAACGGCCCAUGAUUACGUGACCGGUCUGAUCGCUGACAAAGCCGGUGUUGAUAUGAUUCUGGUCGGAGACUCCUUGGCCAUGGUGGCUCUGGGGUACCCCAACACCAACCAAAUCGAGCUCGAGGAAAUGGUGUAUCAUGCUAAGGCUGUUUCUCGAGGUGUUAAGAGCGCGUUUAUGGUUGCAGACCUGCCUUUUGGUUCGUAUGAAGAGUCCCCAGAGAAAGCUAUCCGAUCUGCUAUUCAGAUGAUCCAAAAGGGAGGAAUGGAGGCUGUCAAGAUGGAAGGAGGCAAGGAACUGGCGCCCACUAUCAAGCGACUGACCGAGGUGGGAAUCCCUGUUCUGGGACAUAUCGGACUCACCCCCCAGCGUCAGUCGUCGUUGGGAGGAUUCAGAGUGCAGGGUAAGACUGCCUCUGGAGCAGAGAGUAUUCUGGAAGACGCGUAUGAACUGCAGAAGGCUGGAUGUUUUGCUAUUGUGCUUGAAGCAGUUCCCGACAAGGUUGGAGAAUGGCUCAGUUCGAAGCUAGAGGUCCCUACCAUCGGUAUUGGUGCUGGACCCGGAACCUCCGGGCAGGUGCUGGUCAUGCUCGAUAUGCUGGGAGGAUUUGGAAGCUUCACGCCCAAGUUUCUCAAAAAGUACUCGCAGUUUCUUGAUAUUAAUGUUGGAGCUGUCAAGCAGUACCAUGAGGAGGUCAAGGGUGGAGUGUUCCCUGCCCAGGAGCAUUGUUAUAAGAUGGGUGAUGAGGAAGCGGCUAAACUGAAAUAA